AUGACUUCACUAUCGGGAACGAAGGAGAGGUCUGGAAACAGCAGGAGCAGAAAAUAUGCGGUACCCGACACAUCCCCUACCAAAUCCUCCUCUUAUUUACCAGAAACUUGGUACCGUAAAGUCUAUGAUGACGGUACUCGCUCUAGCACGCGCCCUGCCCCAGAGGGUGCUGGUUCAAUGCCAAGCUCCACAGGCACCCCGUCCCCUGGCUCUGGGAUCUCCUCUCCCGGAUCAUUCUCUGGAUCACCAGGGACCAUCUCUCCAGGAAUCGGAACAGGAUCUCCAGGUUCCCUCGGAGGAUCCCCUGGAUUUGGAACUGGAUCUCCGGCUUCAGGUAGUGGGAGCUCCCCUGGCAGUGAGAGAGUCAUUUGGUGUGAAAACUGCAACGUCAGGCUGACGGAACUCAAGAGACAAGCACUGAAAUUGCUCAUCCCUGGGCCAUACUCCAGCAAGGAUCCCUCAUUCUCGCUGCUGCUCCAUGACAAACUGCAGGUGCCCAACAGUUCUCGGCGGGCGUGGAACGAGCGAGAUAGCCGUUGUGAUGUGUGUGCGACUCACCUGACCCAGCUUAAACAGGAAGCAGUGCGUCUUGUCCUUUCCCUCGACCAGUGGGAUCUGUCACCCACCUCGUCACCUCCGGCUCUCACUGGACGAUCUUCAGGAGGACCGGCUUUUUUCCCAUCUUCUGUUUCAUCUGUUGCUGGAUCUUCGUAUGCUUCUUCUCAGUCCCCCUCCCCAAGUCCUAAUCAUACACCAACACCAAGCCCCAUUCAUGGGCGUUCCUGCAGUCCUCCUGUGGGACUGAACUCUCCAGGUCCAGGGACCAGGCUUGGGUCAAAGCCAAGUUCACUCGGCCUCAGUGGAGGAGAGAGAAGGAGUGCUUCACCCAGUUUAGGGAAGGCAGCCAGCCUCCAGCAGCAGCAGACUGGAGUAAAUAGCUCUGGAUCCAACAGUGGUAAUAGCAGUAAUAAUGGAAGUAAUGCAGUUCCACAGGCCCACCAGCUUCUGAACCGAAGUAAUGGAGGAGUCACACUCUACCCAUAUCAGGUGCUUUCCGAGGCCUCCAGAGAAGACGGGUGUGAAAGCCGCUCCAACACCAGCUCUCCUUCUCACACCAGCUCCUCUCCGCACACAAACUCCCCCUCCCACACCUCCACCUCCUCCACCACCUCUGCAGCUGCCUCUUUUUUUGCCAGAGCGGCCCAAAAGUUGAACCUCACAUCCAAGAAAAAGAAGCAGAAGAGCACGGCUGCAUCAGCCCCUGUGACAUCAAUAGCAUCAUGUGACCCACACAUUUUCCCGACUAAUUUUAGCUCAGCCUUACUCAUGGCACCUCCGCCUGCCCCACCCUGCCUGCUCCGUGCCGCCAACAAGAUCAAAGACACCCCUGGGCUUGGCAAGGUCAAGGUGAUGGUGCGCGUGUGUCCCGUGUCCCAGUCAGACGAAUCCAGCUCCUUCCUCAAAGUCAACCCUAGUAAGAAGCAAAUCACCAUCAUGGACCCAGCGGCCAAUCAAACUGCGAGUACGGCUUCACAGAAAAAACCCUCAGCCAAUCAAGUUCCUCCAAAGAUGUUCACAUUUGAUGCAGCUUUUCCUCCUGAUGCCUCACAGGCGGAGGUGUGUGCGGGAACGGUUGCCGAGGUGAUUCAGUCCGUUGUGAAUGGAGCAGAUGGCUGUGUCUUCUGCUUUGGACACUCCAAGCUGGGGAAAUCCCAUACAAUGAUUGGCCAUGAUGACUCCCUCCAGACUCUGGGUAUCAUCCCCUGUGCAAUCUCCUGGCUUUUUAAACUCAUCAAUGAAAGAAAGGAGAAGACCGGAGCUCGCUUCUCUGUGCGCGUCUCUGCAGUGGAGGUUUGGGGGAAGGAGGAGAACCUGAAGGAUCUUCUUUCUGAAGUGGCCACAGGCAGUUUACAGGACGGACAGUCGCCUGGUGUCUACCUCUGUGAGGACCCCAUCUGUGGCAUGCAGCUCCAGAACCAGUCUGAACUGAGAGCGCCCACCCCAGAGAAGGCUGCCUGGUUCCUGGACGCGGCGUUAGCAGCACGGCAUAGCAGUCAGCGCCCUUACACCAGCGAGGAGGAGCAACGCAACUCACACAUGCUGUUCACACUGCACAUUUACCAGUAUCGCAUGGAAAAGACUGGCAAGGGAGGAAUGUCUGGAGGUCGUAGCCGGCUGCACCUUCUGGACCUAGGCAGUUGUGAUGCGCGAGUGCUGGAAGGAGGAGGAGGAGGUGGAGGAGGAAAGACCAGGGAGAACAUGGCUAGCCCCGCCCCGCUCUGCCUCUCAUUAUCUGCUUUGGGCAACGUCAUCCUGGCACUAGUCAAUGGCAGCAAGCACAUCCCAUACAAGGACAGCAAGCUCACCAUGUUGCUAAGAGAGUCGCUAGGCAACAUGAACUGCCGGACCACCAUGAUUGCUCACAUCUCUGCCUCACCCAGAGACUUCUCAGAAACGCUCUCCACCAUCCAGAUUGCAUCCCGUGUCCUCCGCAUGAAAAAGAAGAAAACCAAAGUCUCUGUGCAGUACACAUCCAGUUCAUCUGGAGGAGAGAGCUCAUGUGAAGAGGGCCGUAUGCGGCGGCCCACUCACCUGCGGGCCUUCCAUCAACGUGGAGAUACAGACACGGACUUGCCCUUGCUCCGCCUCUCCAGUGACCAGGACGAGUACUCUAGUAGCGAACAGUCCUGCGAUACGGUGAUCUAUGUCGGUCCAAACGGGGCUGCUGUAUCAGACAGAGAACUGACUGACAAUGAAGGACCACCUGAAUUUGUGCCAAUUAUUCCAGCUUUGCUUCGUGGUAAGACAUUGGAGCAGCAAAACCAGACAGCAGGAGUAGCCAAUAAGUCAGAGAGUCAGGACCAGCCUAGUGCCCCAUCCCACCCACAGUGUGGCCAGUCACUGCUGGGUCAGCCUCUGCCCCCUGUCCCAGAGGAGGGAGCUGAGUGUCUCAAGUGUAACACAUUUGCAGAGCUGCAAGAGAGACUGGACUGCAUUGAUGGCAGUGAGGAGGUGGCGAAGUUUCCCUUUGAAGAAGUUCCUGUGAACAGACAAGGAGUAAAAUAUGAAGCAUGUCCCCCUUCUGCUGUCCCAAACCCCACACUGUCUGCUCCUCGCACAGAUACUGAUGGCUCUAAGAGAAGGACUAAUGACCAGCAGUUGCAGGACAUAAAGGAGGUGGUGGAGGAGGCAGAGCUAGCUCAAACCAUGAUCCACAACCUGACACAGAGGUCCGGAUCCCCCAUUGUCACCUGCACCAGGAGUGUGCCCGGCAGCAGCAGCAGCACCUCUAACCCUCUACUCAGAGCCAAGAGCGCCCAGCUACAUGACAGUAGAGAAAGUCUAAAUGGAGGAAGUAAUGGAGAAGGAAAGACCCGCACACUGGGAUCACCACGCCUGGGCAUUGCCAGUCUCACCAAAACUGCAGAAUACAGACCCCCGUCAUCUCCGUCUCAGCGCUGUAAAGUGUACACACAGAAGUGUGUUAUGCCCACAACCCCCCCUCUGUCCUCCAACACUCUGGCUCAGGAUGGACAGGCCACAGAGGCACAGGCCUCAGACAACAGCUUGGCUGCAGAUAGUGGUCGCUCGUCCACAGACUCUGUGUUGUCCAGGACUUCUCCUGUUGGCAUGAGUCCACAAGUGAAAGAGACAGCUCCGUCUCUGUCAGCCAGUCUGGGCUCAGCAGAGACACUGUGUGACGAUGAUGUACCCCCAAUACCUCUAGACAUGCACAAAGAUGGCUCAAGUCCAACAGCCGAUACCCAGAUGCAUAAUAAGAAUGGACUGGGACACCCUGAUAGUGAGGCGUGCCUUGCUGUUACAACAAUUACAGACAUACAGAAACAUGGGCCAAGCAGCAUCAUCAGCUUCACCAGCGACGGUGACUCUCUCACUGGAACAGUUUCCCAAGAGGUCAAUGGGGCUGUGCAGGAGUACCAUGUUCCCUUCACUACCUCAGGGGUAACAGACGUUGUGGCCAUGGCAGAGGUUGCCAUGGCAAAGUUACGUGUUGAAGGUGAGGCCUUGGCCACAGUUAUGUCCAGUUGUGCUUCUCCAAUGUCUUCAUGGAUGAGUGAUCUGAGCAUGUGCAGUGAGGCUGACCAGUCUCUCCACAGCUUCAGCCAAUCUCAGAGUCAGCAGGGAGAAGCCAUGGCUGAAACUGAACAGAAUGUGUCACUUGGAUCAAAAGAAUUAGAGCAGACAGAAAAUGAAAGUAAUAAACAAACAUUAACCAAAAACAAGCUACGUAAGUUGCCUCCACCAAUGACUAAAACUACGAUCCAAACUCUAGUCGGACCAUUUAAAGCUACCAUUAGCGUUCACCCGUGUGUAGCUGUAAAACCAAUGGUAAUAAAAGAGCCCUCAGUCCUCUCCUCACCAGUCAAAGGCAGUCUAAUUAAAGAACCCAUCAAAUGCAGCACACCACUCAGCGGCUCUGUGUCCAGUGAGAUGAGCUUUGAAGAUCCCUGGUUAAAACGUGGCUUUGAAGAAGGCACGAUCCCCGAGCUUGUCUGUGAAGUGAAGCCUGAAAAGAGGGAAGCAGAACAUUCUAAGUUAACCAGAGUCCAGGGCAAGAGCGAGGGGCAGAGUUUAGAUGGUAAGUAUGGAUGCAUGUAUGGACUGUGUGGUCACCAGAACACCUUUGGGAGUGAUGUUGUGUUGUCUCCAGAUUCCAUUAAACGAGUAGGGGAUGGUUGUGAGAUUAUGGCAGUUGUUGCUCAGGGUGACUGCCUCACCACUGUCUACAACCCAGACAUUCACCAGACGGCCAGUCUGCCACGUGGAUGGCACCGCAUCAACCGCCAUGAUGGGUUAGACUACUCUGAGUACAGAAAUCUCAAUGUAACUUCCUCAACUCCCUGCAGCCCACGUGCAACACUUGACAGGCGGGGGUCCAAUGGAAAAAUUGGCUUUUUCUCACAGAAAAGAGGCGGAAUCCCUCCUUUGCCGCCAGUACGCAAAUCCAGUUUAGAUCAGAGGAACCGAGCAGCCAGCCCCCUCCACCAGCCUGGGGCCACUCUCCAGGAUGAAGCGUGUAUUUCUGCUGGUGUCACAAGGCAGCGUGGUGCAAGCAUCGACAGCAGCAGACUCUUCAGUGCCAAACUGGAACAGCUCGCCACAAGGACCAACUCUCUGGGCCGCACUGGCUCCUAUACUGGCUCGUACCAUUACGACUGCUUCUCCCUGGAGAGGGGGGAGAGCCUCCGAACAGGAGCCAGAGGGGACAAUGCUAUGCCUCGAACGGGCCGCAGUCUCAUCCGCACUGGAUCACUGUCCUCCACAGGUACCACCAGCCCAAGUUUUACUCCCAUCCUGGGCCCAAGCAGUGCUCCACAAUCACCAGCUAAAACCAGUAGCCAGUCAAAAAUCUCUGCUGUCAGUAAGCUGCUCAUGACCAGCCCCAAAGGCCGCAGUCUGUCUGCUUCAAGCACAAAAACAUUGAGUUUCUCCACAAAGUCUUUAAGCACUUCUAACAGUCGCAGCUCAAGCCUUCCACCCAAUGGAAAGUCUCCAAAUCCAUCAGUGCCAGGGUCUGUUCAACAGCAGGGUCCCACCCUUGGGUCCUGGUCCACACAAUCUUUGAGCCGCAGUCGAGGGGGAGGUCUGGCUGCUAAACUGCCCCUCAGAGCGGUCAACGGGCGCAUCUCCGAGCUGCUCCAGGGCAGUGCAGGCUCCAGGGCCAGGGCACAGACCCAAGGAGGAGGCUCCGAACUUGCUGAGGACAAGAACACUGCUGGGGCAAAUUCUAGUGGAACAACAGUGAGUGCUGGCCCAGUAGAGGAGAGACCUUCUGGGAUUCAAACCUUACCCUCUCCGUACAGCAAGAUCACAGCUCCCAGAAAACCACACCGGUGCAGCAGUGGCCAUGCCAGUGACAACAGUAGUGUGCUGAGUGGAGAACUGCCCCCGGCCAUGGGUAAGACGGCCCUGUUUUAUCAUAGUGGGGGCAGCAGUGGCUAUGAGAGCAUGCUCCGAGACAGCAGUGAGAACACAGGGAGCACCUCCUCUGCCCAGGAUUCUCUGAGCGACCACAGCACGGCCACCUCCUCUUCACGACGAAGCUCCAAAAGCAGCAAAAAGAGUCGCAGCAACACAGGACUCCAACGCAGGCGUCUGAUCCCAGCUCUCACCUUGGACUCGGCCUCUCUCUCCCCAUCGCACCGCUCGUCCAAGCAGGCCAUCACCUCCUCUUCCUCUUCCUCCUCCAGCCCAGGUGCAUGCUGGGUAGAUGGACCACUGGGACCACCGGCCUCCACUAACCACCGCGUCCCAUCAGCUACUGCUGAGACCUUCGAGAUCAAGGUUUAUGAGAUAGAUGAUGUGGAGCGACUGCAGAAGAGGAAAGACAGAGGAGGCAGCAAGGAGGUGGUGUACGUGAGUGCCAAGCUGAAAAAGCUGGAAAACAGACAGCAGCGCAUCAGUGAGGUCAGAGCCAAGUACCAGUGUCUGAAGAAAGAGCUGGAGCAAACUAAACAACACUUGAUGCUCGAGCCACACAAAUGGACCACGGAGUUUGAGCUGCAGCAGGUCUAUGAGGUGGACUCAUUAGAGUAUCUACAAGCACUCGAGAUCAUAACAGACCGGCUGGAGACCAGAGUCAACUUCUGCAAAGCACAUCUCAUGAUGAUCACAUGCUUUGAUGUUUCAUCCAAGCACCGGUAGACCAGAGACAAACCCAAAAACUUAAUGACCCAUUCUAUCACACAAAGUGAUGGAUUCAGUGAUAUUUCCUUUUCAAGUGACCGUGGCCAUACACAUUCGUUCUGAUGUCUGGGAACAGUCCAUGAACAUUAUAUGAACAUUACAGCUACAAUGCAUUAUUCUUUGCUGGAAUUGAUUAGGAGACCAUCAAGGAACUAUUACAAAAAUGUGGGCUACAGUGUAAAGAACAAAAUUGCCAUUUUUGUCAGAACUUCAAAGCGACAAAAGGAGGACAGUUGAUCCAUCCUUUUGGAAGCCUGUUUUCUACAGUUUGUGAGGAAAUGUGGGUCCAGAGACACUAAGACAUUUCUUUUGUUGCUGCAAACA